CCAACUAUUUUCCCACUCUCUGAUCUCUCUCUCUCUCUCUCUCUCUCUCUCUCUCUCUCUCUCUACAUUUCCAUGGAGGGAGAUGAAUUCCUCCAUUUCUAUAUCUAUCUCUACAGCGAUGCAUGAACAGUGAAAGUUGUCUGCUUUUUCAUCUUCCUCUUCUUCCCCCUCCUCUUCAUCUCCCCCUGCUUACUUCCCGGGAAAAAGGGACAAAAAAGGGUCUGAGAUCUCAAGUCUCUCAGAGCGAUUAUUCAGGGCUUUCAUGGUGAUUACUCUGAUAAGUAGCCCCAGUUUUUCUUCUUCUUCUUCUUGAACAAAUCUUAUCUCAGGCUAUUGUUUGAUGGAAUCUGUGACAACAGUGGUAACUGGAGUUUAGAGUAGAGUAGUUCCCUGGAUCUUGGAAGCUAGAUGAUGGGUUUCUAGUAUCUACAACACAACCAUUUUCCUCCAUGGCCUCGAGAUCUGGUUCUGGAUUUCAUCCAGAAAGGGUGAGGGAGAAGGGAGACAUUCAAACCCCAGAAGGAACACUUUCUAGCUCCAGCCCAAGUAUGUCGGUCAACACUUUGGCAGAUCAAGUAUCGUCAACUUUGUCUUUUGAUGAACCAAGCAGUGACAGCAAAACCAGCAGAAGCGCUAAACUUAGUGAGCAGCCUGAUCUUGCUGAGAGCGGGAAGAGUAACAGCACGUGUAGACCAAGCACGAGCAGUGAUGUCAGUGAUGAAAGCACUUGUAGCAGUUUAAGUAGCAUUAACAAGCCUCACAAGGCAAAUGAUGUGAGGUGGGAGGCAAUACAAGCUGUUCGGUCCAAGCAUGGUUUUCUGGGUUUAAACCAUUUUAGGCUCUUGAAGAGGUUGGGAUGUGGAGAUAUUGGAACCGUCCAUCUUGCUGAGUUGAACGGGACAAAGUGUUAUUUUGCAAUGAAGGUUAUGGACAAAGCUGCUUUGGCUAGCCGGAAAAAGCUUCUCCGAGCUCAAACAGAGAGGGAGAUAUUGCAGUGUCUUGACCACCCUUUUCUUCCUACAUUGUAUAGUCAUUUUGAGACAGAGAAGUUCUCGUGUUUGGUUAUGGAGUUCUGUCCUGGAGGUGAUUUGCAUACCCUUCGACAAAGGCAGCCUGGAAAGCGUUUCCCUGAGCAAGCAGCGAAGUUUUAUAUAGCAGAGGUACUACUUUCACUGGAAUAUCUCCACAUGCUUGGAAUCAUCUACCGUGAUCUAAAGCCAGAGAAUGUUCUUGUGAGAGAAGACGGGCAUGUGAUGCUUUCUGACUUCGACCUCUCCCUCAGAUGUGCUGUUAGUCCUACAGUGGUGAGGUCAACUGCUCUUGGAUCUGAGACUCUGCAAAAGAACUCGGUCUACUGUGCGCAACCUGCUUGCAUCCAACAACCAUCUUGCAUGGCCAUGGCUCCCACUACAUGUUUUUCCCCACGGUUCUUCUCCAGUAAAUCCAAGAAAGACAAGAAGAUGAAAAACGAGACAGGAAACCAGGUAAGCCCGCUGCCUGAACUCAUAGCCGAGCCUACAAAUGCCCGUUCAAUGUCCUUUGUUGGUACACAUGAGUACUUGGCUCCUGAGAUCAUCAAAGGUGAAGGGCAUGGAAGUGCAGUUGAUUGGUGGACUUUCGGGAUAUUUCUGUACGAGCUUUUGUUCGGUAAAACUCCAUUCAAAGGGUCUGGAAACCGGGCAACGCUCUUCAACGUAGUGGGGCAGCCUCUACGAUUCCCUGAAUCUCCGGUUGUGAGUUUCGCAGCUCGGGAUUUGAUCAGGAGUUUGCUUGUGAAGGAACCGCAACACAGAUUAGCGUAUAAGCGCGGAGCAACAGAGAUAAAGCAACAUCCUUUCUUCGAAGGAGUGAACUGGGCUCUGGUUAGAUGUGCAAGUCCUCCUGAGAUACCGAAACCGGUCGAACUUGAUAAUGUUCCUGCCCCGGCAACAUCUAUGGGUGGUGGCAGGUCCGACCAGAACAACAAUUAUCUGGAGUUCGACUUCUUCUGAGAUUUCUCAUCAAGAACUGGUCUUGGAUCCUCAUGUUUGUUCCUUCGCAAACACAGAUCUGUUCUAGAGUCACUCGAUGUUCUUAUUCUUUUCACGUUUUUUUCUUGGAAAAGUUCUCGGAUUUGUAUUCUGCGAAAUGAAAGUGUUCACUCUCUUCUGUGGUGAUGUUAUCUUUGACCCUUUGAUACGCUGAAUUCUAAGGAUUAUCCAUUUGAGAGCCAAGAA